AUGGACCACGCUGCAGAAGAAUGCGCGCCGCCGCAUGAGGCGCACGACAAAAGGCGCGCCGCCGAGGAGCACAAAGAUACGCGCGCACCUAAAGUCGCGCGCACCGAGGGCGAAGCGCCGAGCGGACGACUCGCCAAGCGCAAAGUUGCGAUUUUUUUUGGCUACUGCGGCUCCGGCUACUCGGGUCUGCAGGUCAACCCCGGCGUACGCACUAUCGAGGGCGAUAUUUUCGAUGCAUUUUGCCGCGCAGGUGCAGUGAGUGUGGAAAAUGCAGUCAACCCAAACAAGGUUCAACUCCAACGAUCCGCACGCACCGACCGAGGCGUGCACGCAGCGGGCAACUUGCUCACGCUGAAACUCAUGCUCGAGCCGCCCGAGCUUCCUGAAGGAUUGACGCUGACCGAGUACGUCAACACGCUGCUUCCCCCGCAGGUGCGUAUAUGGGGCAUGCGCCGCGUCCAGAAUGCGUUCAAUGCGCGCACGAGCUGCGAUUCGCGCUUGUACGAGUAUCUGCUCCCGACCUACGUCUUCCUUCCCCCCAAGCCAUUCAGUGCCAUGUGGAAAAUGCUGCGUAGAGUAAAUUAUGGAUCAGAGCAAUGCCCACUAAACAAGGACAGGGCACCGCUUUUUCCUUGGCAAGACCCACUGCUGGAAAACGACGCGAUGCUAAACCACCCAUUCUGGCGCGCACUCGAAUACGAAAACGAGUUUUCCGAGGAUGUCAAGGCGAAGCGCGCGUGGCGGAUGCCAGAACAUGACCUGCAGCGCGUGCGUGCCGUGUUCAACGAGUUUACCGGCUCGCACAACUUCCACAACUACACGGUCGGUAAAGAGUUCCGCGAUCGGAGUGCGUACCGCGUGAUGAAACGGCUCAGUGUAUCGGACCCCACAAUGAUCGACAGCACCGAAUGGAUCUCGAUCAAGUUCCACGGCCAGUCGUUUAUGCUGCAUCAGAUUCGGAAAAUGAUCGGAAUGCUCGUCCUGCUCUCUCGUACCAAUGUGCCGCACUCGUUUGUCGCACAAACGUUUGGCCCCGCACGCAUCCAUGUGCCCAAAGCGCCCGGGUUGGGCCUCUUGCUUGUCGAGCCGCACUUUGGGGGGUAUAAUAUCAAGGUCAGGAACAAUAAUGAGCGGAUCGACCGCAUGAUUGCGCAGCGCACUGCGGCGAAGGGCCAGGAGAACGCCAAGCCCGUGCCAAAAGACGCAGAGAGUGAAAAGCGGGUUCAGGUAGACUAUGCCGAGUACCAGGAGCAGAUGGCCGCUUUUAAACAAACCUUUAUUUACGACCAGAUCCACCGCACCGAGGAAGACACGUCCGAGUUUGCCAAGUGGCUCAAUUAUUUAGACGUGUUUGUCGGGCCUGACUUUGCAUACCUCAACCCGCACGGCACCAUUCCCCAAGAAGCAAUCCUGCGUGUGGGCGAGCAGCGACGGGCGCCAGGCGGGCAGCCCAAGGCGGUGCCGUCAGACGACGACGAUGACGAAGGAGACGACCAGGAGCUCGAGGGAUAG